UAAAUAUUGCUUUACUAGCAGACUAGAGGAUGAAAGGAGUCAGAGAUGCUCUUAAAGUAGCCAAUGUUUGGGUUGUUUCAUCUCUUUAAAUGGUUUUCGGUAGUAGCAGAGGUAAAAUGCAUCUUCCUUAGCAUCACAGGUGUGCCUGCAUCCCAGCAGGGUUCCUGUGCUUUAUUAGCUAAAUCAUAUCAAGAUUAAUGUUUUCUAAAUCAAACUUGGGGAAGAAAAAUAGAGCUUUCUUCUGCUUUGAGCCAGUAAUGGAUCUUUAACAAGAUUUGCUUGUGUUUAACAGCUGUGAGUUCUAAUCUGUGCUGUUCUGAUCCGGUUCUUUCUGUCCUUGGUCUGAAGGCUGAUGUUUGGGUGGAAUUAAACGUGUCUUGGCCUUGAAGGCAGAGCAGCCAAGGGGUGAGACUGGUAACAGCCAGGCAGCAGUCUGGCUUCUAGAUAGAGCAUUCAUUGUAAAUCCAUGUUCCUUCUUCUUCCAGCUUGGUAAGGCAACAAGUGCUCAGUUAGAAUGGUAUUUGUUAUAGAAAUCCCCUGCUGGGCUGUUUUCCCUUGGGAGCAGCGGAUCUUUGGCAAUGUGCAAGGCUGAGUGCAGGCACGCUUGCAGCAGCUGUGUUUUGGGGUUCUUGGUUACGAGCCUUCCCAUCUGCACAGUACGAGUGGUUUUAGUGUUUGUGCUGGGUUAGCUGCUUUGGAGCUGUGUGAGGCUGCUGAGGAAUUUGGCUUGCACUCAGACAGCUCAACCCCUAAUGAACUUGUGCUGAGAGUUACAGGGCACGUCACUCUAACACCGAUGUCAGAACAGGUUUGUCGUUCUAUUAAUACAAGUCUUCUUCUGCUGUGCCUCUUCAGGCUAUUGCAGAUAUGAACAUACACAGAAAGAGAAGUCAGUGUAAAUGCAGCUAAUCAAUUGAUAUGCAUCUCUCUAGGUGUUUUGUCUAGACGUGGCACAGCAUUUUAACUUUCAAGCAGCAGGAGGAAGAGAAUGGCCCAAGCUACAGUAGCAGCAUCAUCCGUGCGUGAUGAAGACCCGUCUGAAAGCAGGAUGGUUGUCACCUUCCUUGUCUCAGCUCUGGAGUCCAUGUGUAAAGAACUUGCCAAGUCCAAGGCAGAAGUUGCCUGCAUUGCUGUCUAUGAAACAGACGUUUUUGUGGUUGGAACUGAGAGGGGAAGAGCCUUUGUUGAUUCCAGGAAAGAUUUUCAGAAGGAUUUUGUGAAAUACUGUGUUAUAGAAAGGGAGAGGGCUGCAGAGCUGCAGGAAACAAAGUAUGUACUACCUGCCAACAGGCUGACAGUGGAUGCUGUGGAACUAGAAGCUCUCAGGAAGUCUGUGGAGGACUACUUCUGCUUUUGCUAUGGCAAAGCUUUGGGAAAGUCCACGGUGGUCCCGGUGCCAUAUGAGAAGAUUCAGAGGGACCAGUCUGCUGUGGUGGUUCAGGGCCUGCCCGAGGGGCUGGCAUUCAUGCAUCCAGCAAAUUACGAUGUUUCAACCCUGAAGUGGAUUUUGGAAAACAAGUCAGGGAUCUCAUUUAUCAUCAAAAGGCCUUUCCUAGAGCCCAAGAAGCAUUUAGGAGCUCACGUGGCAGAUCUUCCACAAUCAAUUACACCUCCAGGUGGAAGUUGCUCUCCUGUUCAAGUGAAAACGGAACCAUGUGAGGAUUCUGGAAUUUCUUUGGAAAUGUCAACAGUGACAGUGAAGGAAGAACCAGAGGAUCCUGAUUAUUAUCAAUAUAAUAUUCCAGGUGGCCCUUCUGAAACAUCAGAGAUGGAUGAAAGAAUUGCUCUUGCCAAUAGUUACACAGACUCGUCCCAACAUCCUCCUUCAGAAACACGUGGGAAUCCUGAGGUCGAGGUAACCCUUGAAGAUGAUGAAGACUACUUACCCCCUAACAAGAGAUCAAAGAGCACUGAGACAGCAAAUGAAGCUGUCAGCACAGGGAGAAGAAAAGCAAGAGAGUUCAAUUUUGAUAAAUGGAGCGCGCGAAUUACAGACUUGAGAAGGCAAGUUGAAGAACUGUUUGAGCAAAAAUAUGCUCAGGCUAUAAAAGCAGAGGGCCCCGUGUCUGUCCCGUACGCCCUCUUCCAGUCACAUAUGGAGGACCUCUAUGUGGAAGGCCUGCCAGAGGGCAUUCCCUUCAGAAGGCCAUCUACAUAUGGCAUUCCUCGACUUGAGAGGAUUCUCGUAGCAAAGGAGCGGAUCCGGUUUGUGAUUAAAAAGCACGAGCUUUUGAAUUCAACACAGGAAGAUGAACCAGUGGACAAACCAGCUGCAGGAGUGAAAGAAGAGUGGUAUGCCAAAAUCAACAAGUUGAGAAAGGCGGUAGAUCAGCUCUUCUGUAAGAAGUUUGCUGAGGCCUUGGGGAGCACUGAGCCUAAAGCUGUUCCAUACCAGAAAUUUGAAGUCCAUUCUGCUGACCUGUAUGUUGAAGGUCUGCCAGAGAACGUUCCCUUUAGGAGUCCAUCCUGGUAUGGGAUCCCUCGCCUCGAAAAAAUAAUUCAAGUGGGCAACAGAAUAAAAUUUGUAAUCAAAAGGCCAGAGCUGCUAACUCUCAGUUCACCUGAAGUUACUCAACCUGGGACAAACACACCAGGCAAGACAGGCAAAGAAGAUUGGAACGCCAGGAUCACAAAGCUAAGAAAACAAGUAGAAGAGAUAUUCAAUAUGAAAUUUGCUUUAGCUCUGGGACUUUCAGAGGCAGUGAAAGUUCCCUAUCCUGUAUUUGAAUCAAACCCUGACUACUUGUAUGUCGAAGGCCUGCCAGAAGGAAUUCCCUUCCGAAGCCCCACCUGGUUUGGGAUUCCACGCCUGGAAAGAAUUGUCCGUGGGAGCAGCAAAAUCAAGUUUGUUGUGAAGAAGCCUGAGCUUGUCAUCUCCUAUUUGCCACCAAGACUGGCUGGUCAAAUAAACACUAAAGCAGCAAGUCCAAAGAGAUCAAAAUGGCUACAAAGUCCUGCAAGCAAUUUACAGGUCCCAGAGAUGGAAGUUACUGUUGAAGGUCCUAAUAAGGCACAAACAGCAGACGUUCAAACUAAUUCUCAAACCAAUGGGUCCAAUAUGAGUUUCAAUCCAAGAGGAAGAGAUUUUUCGUUUGAGGCGUGGAAUGCCAAAAUUACUGACCUAAAGCAGAAAGUUGAAAACCUUUUUAAUGAGAAAUGUGGGGAAGCACUGGGGCUGAGUGAGCCAGUGAACGUACCGUUUGCAUUGUUCGAAUCCUUCCCAGAGGUUUUCUAUGUGGAAGGCCUACCAGAUGGAGUGCCAUUCCGACGACCUUCUACUUUUGGAAUUCCAAGGCUAGAGAAGAUUCUGAGAAACAAAUCUAAGAUAAAAUUCAUUAUUAAAAAGCCUGAGAUGUUUGAGGCGGCAGUGAAGGAGUGUUCUGCUAAAAGCCCCCAGAGAAAAAUCAAUCCAUCCAAUGCAGCCAAUACAACAAGCACCACGGCCAAUACAGCAGUGAGCACAGCAUCAGGAGUUGAAGAUCUUAACAUCAUCCAAGUGACUUUGCUAGACGAUGAAAGCGAACGACUUUCAAAAGUAGAGAAGGCCAGACAACUGAGAGAGCAAGUGAAUGAUCUCUUCAGCAGGAAGUUUGGUGAAGCCAUCGGUGUGAAUUUCCCUGUGAAAGUCCCAUACAGAAAAAUCACCAUCAACCCUGGCAGCGUGGUGGUGGAUGGGAUGCCUCCUGGUGUGUCAUUUAAAGCUCCCAGUUAUCUGGAGAUCAGCUCCAUGAGGAAGAUUUUGGAAUCAUCAGAGUUCAUCAAAUUUACUGUCGUCCGGCCGUUUCCAGGACUUGUGAUGAACAACCAGCUGAUGGAGAAAACUGAAGCAGAAGCACCACCAAGAGCACCAGCAGCAGCACCCGCUCUACCAGAGCCAGCUGAACCAAGGCAAGCAGAGGUAUCUGCAGGAGAUGUUACAGAAACAGAAGAAAGUUGUCAAAUAAAUCAAGACCCAACGUGGUAGAGCUCAUCCAUACUGCGCCAGAAGCACCCAGAGCUGAGAAGAGCUUGCCGGGACUGUGCUGAGCUGUGUAAUAUGGCUGUAUAAGAGAAGUACCUUCUAUAUAAACCCUUUUGUACUUUGAGAUAGAAAUGUCUACUUCUUUUCAGCAGUUCUGUGAAUUGACUUAAUGGGAAGAGUGACUGCAAAUAUGGAAUGGCCGGUUUGACUCUGGAAUAUAUUACAAGGACUGGAUUUGUUACAGCAAUGCUGGGGAGCUGACGAGGAUUCAAAGGACUGGGGACUUAACAGGGGCCAUCUAUAUUUCCCAAUGAAGCUGAAUUCCUCUGUGCCUGAAUGUAUCCCAGCUUCUGUAAUGAAGAAACUGUGCGAGGAGUUCACUGUGUUAGUUUUACUUUGGAGAAAACAAAUCACUGACUUGGUUUUUAUGGUUCUUACUCCCUUCGUGGCCCGUUGGUCAAUGGGAUGUGUAUAUUUGCACUAAUUUUUCCUACAUCUGCUGCAACUCAUGUUUUUCAUAAAUAAAAGGUGAACUGGUUCACAUGACUGUUAGUCAAUGAGAUGGAUGGUGUAUCAGUCUGUGGACUAGGAAUCCAUUGAAAUGUAACCCUUUGAUAGUUUGCUCCAUCAAUUGAAAGUGAUAAAUGCAUGUUUUAUCAUUAUAUCACAUGGGAUUUGUAUGAUGGGGCAGACCUAAUUUAGGCUAAACUCUAUGGCUGUGAGUGAGAGCUUUUCUCCUGCAGGCUGUUCGUUCCUUCUCAUUAAGAAAUAAAGAUAUUUCAUAUGGUUUUUGUGACUUAC